AUGGACAACGUUGUCAAGCAGGAAUUGAACCUGCGUGACCUAGACACCAAGUCUGUCACACUUUUCCCUUCGCGCGCACAGAUUGUGCGUGAGGUGAAGGAUCUUCAGCUCGCUCCCGGCCUCAAUGAAAUUACCAUUAUCGGCCUUACCCCUACUCUAGACGAAGAGUCCAUAAAAGUCGAGGGCACAGGGUCUGCUACCAUCUCGGACAUUUCCGUCGAUCUGCUUGAUUUCGACGAGUUGCAGGAGAAGCCCGAUUUUGGCCAUGACGCCCAGCUCGAGGCUAUCGACGACCGCAUCACCCUGCUCAAUGACCAGGCCGAUAGCGCGCGCGAGCGCAUACAGAGCGCCUCCCGCCGCCUGGCCAUCCUCGAUGCCUACGGAAACUCCCUUGAUAAGGAGCGCGAGCACCCCAUCGCCAUCGAGCAGGGGCUCGACUCCUACCGCACCGAGCGCGAAAAGGUCUUUGCCGACCACAAGACCGCACAGGUCGAGCUUCGCACCGCGGAGAAGCAGCUCAAGGAUGUCCGCAGCCAACGCUCCGAGGUGGCGAAGCUCGAGGCGAAGGCGGUAAAGCAGUGGAAUAAGAAGCUCGAGAAGGAGCGUCGCGCCGCGGUAAAGAAGCAGCAGCGCCAGCGGGGCAAGCGCCGCGACAAGGAGCGUGAGCGUGAGAGGAUCAAGAAGGAGCGCGCUGCCUUUUGGCCCAAGUUCCACUAUGCCGUUACCGUCACCCUUGACGCUUCCGCUUACACUCCCGUGUCCUCGCGCCGCAGCUCCAUCUCCAGCGAGGCGGACCUCCAACUCCUCAAGGAGAAGGAUCCCGCCCUCCAGCAGGAUGCCGCGGCCUCGGCCGGUACCGAGGGAGGUGAGAACCCGUCGUCGUCGUCCUCGGCCAAGUGCGACCUCGUCAUCUCGUACGUCACCUCGUCCGCCUUCUGGGCCCCCAGCUACGACCUCCAGCUCUCCACCACCAGCAACACGGCGACGCUCUCGUUCGAGGCCAAGCUCACCAACGCCACCUCGGAGACCUGGCGCAACACCAAGAUUAUCCUAUCCACCUCGCAGACCUCCUUCUCUGGUCUGGAGGAUGCUCUGCCCAGCCUCGUGCCCUGGCACGUCAAGCUCGGCAACAAGAGCCACGGUGUCUACGCGAGCGACGCACUCAACAGCCGCGAGGAGCGCAGCGAGCAGGUGACCUGGGAGGUGCAGCGCUACAAGCAGCAGACCAUCCAGAAGCCCCGCGGCGAGCUCUUUGGCCUGUGGGCCGAGAACGACAACAACCUGGCUACCGCCACCCAGGCCCGGCAGGCCGCCGACGCCGCAAAGAACAAGGUCCAGAUGAUGCAGAUGGCCCAGAUCGAGCACGCCGAGCGCGACCUGCGGAACAACUACGUCUCUGGCGGCGGCUCCAACGCAUUCUCUGCUCCCCGACUCCAGCUGAGCAGGGCCCCUCCCGCGCCCCUGGUGAAGAAGGCCAAGGCGGCCGCCAACUCAUCCUUUGCCAUGGCCUCUUCGUUUGCGCCGGCGGUGAGUGACCGCAUGGCGAGCGGCGGCGGCGGCGGCGGUGAUGGUGGUGAUAGUAGCGGGGAUGAGGGUGGGGAUGACGAGACUAUGCUCGAGCCCGCGCCCGAGCUCGACUUUGAGGACUCGGCUAUGGAGGAGACGGGUCUGACAACUACGUACGACUUGCCGGGCUUGCGCACCUUGACGCCCCGCAGCCGCGCGUCCAAGCAGCGCAUCGCGCGCAUCAACUUCUCCAACGUGGUCUUCAACCACACCGUGGUGGCCAAGUACCGCCCCGUCGCCUUCCUCAAGGCCAAGCUCCGCAACGGCAGCAAGCUCACCCUGCUGCGCGGACCUGCGGGGCUGACGCUGGACGGCAGCUUCAUGGGCCGCACGCGCAUCCCGCGAUGCAGCGCGGGCGACUCGUUCCUGCUCAGCCUGGGCGUGGACCCGGCGAUCCGCGUGUCCUACCCGCAGCCCGAGGUGCGCCGGUCCACGACCGGCCUCUUCUCCAAGGAGGACAGCUCCAUCUACACGCGCACGGUGACGCUGACCAACACCAAGGCGGCCGCGGGCAAGGCCGCGUCCAUUUACGUGUUCGACCAGGUGCCCAUCUCGGAGGACGAGCGCCUCCGCGUAGCCAUCCACGCGCCGCGCGGGCUCGUCUCGGGCGGCGCCGCCGUGAACUCGGGAAUGCCCGGACGCGACGGCCCGGACAACAAGGAGUGGGGCAAGGCCACGGCGCUGCUGCGCAAGGAGAACGAGAUCUCGUGGGAGGUCAGCCUCAAGGCAGGCAAGUCGGUCAAGCUCGCGCUCGAGUACGAAGUCGCGGCGCCGGCGGGCGAACACGUGAUUCAAUGCUAG